CAUGGCGGAGCCAGUGGGUCCCGGUUCGUCCCCGCUGCUGGCGGCCGCUUGCCGGGCUCACGAAGCGGCUUUCGGGGGUGCGGCGGUGCUGGCAGCGUGGGCCCCCGGCCGGGUCAACCUCAUCGGAGAGCACACCGACUACAACGGCGGCUUCGUGCUGCCCAUGGCCCUGCAGCUGGGGACGGUGCUGGUGGGAUCCCCCACGCAGGACGGGACCAUCUCCAUCAUCACCACCUCGGCAGAGGCGGACGAGCCCCACAGGGUGCAGUUCCCGGCUCCCGGUCCCGGCAGCUCCCUGAGCCCGGGGCUGCCUCGCUGGGCCAACUACGUCAAGGGGGUCAUCCAGCACUACCGGGGUGGUCCCGUGCCAGGCUUCAGCGCUGUCAUGGCCAGUGAUAUCCCCCUGGGUGGGGGCCUCUCCAGCUCGGCUGCUCUGGAGGUGGCUACGUACACCUUCCUCCAGCAGCUCUGCCCUGAUGAUGGGGAUUUGGUAGCCAAGGCUCUGGCCUGCCAGAAGGCAGAGCACUCGUUUGCUGGGAUGCCCUGCGGAAUCAUGGACCAGUUCAUAUCCGUGAUGGGCAAGGAAGGCCACGCACUGCUCAUCGACUGCAGGUCCCUGGAGACCGUCCUUGUCCCCCUGAGCGAUGCCAGCCUGGCCGUGCUCAUCACCAACUCCCAGGUGCGGCACACGCUGUCGGGCAGCGAGUACCCAACGCGCCGGCGGCAGUGCGAGGAGGCGGCGGCGGCGCUCGGCAAGGCCAGCCUGAGGGAUGCCACCCUGGCCGAGCUGGAAGAGGCCAGGAGCCGGCUGGGGGACGAGGUGUUCCGGCGGGCCAGGCACGUCAUCGGCGAGAUAGCCCGGACAGCGCAGGCAGCACAGGCACUGCAGCACAGGGACUACAGAACGUUCGGGAGGCUGAUGGUGGAGAGCCACAACUCCCUCAGGGAUGACUAUGAAGUGAGCUGCCCAGAGCUGGACGAGCUGGUGGCAGCAGCUCUGGAAGUCGAUGGGGUUUAUGGCAGCAGGAUGACCGGGGGAGGCUUUGGAGGCUGCACGGUGACGCUGCUGGAAGCUGGGGCUGCAGGGAGAGCCCAGCAGCACAUCCAGGAGAAAUACAGUGGCACAGCCACCUUCUACCUCACCAAGCCCUCAGAUGGUGCAAAGGCCCUGGCCCUGUAGAGGAGAGACCCCCUCACCUGGGACCCUUGGGCUGGCAUUGCCUCCCUCCCCAAGGGGAUCCAUUUGUCCAUCUGCAUCAUUUGCCUAAUAAAAACAAAACAUUUGCACAGUGCCCAUGUUAGCUAAAAUCACUUGGGAGUCUUCCUCAGAGGAUACUGCUUUAGCUCCAGUUUGCAGUGGUGUAAGGAGCCCUUAGCAGGGCUGUGGAGUCCAGGAGAGCUGCAGUAGCUGGCAGUGGAGGAGCAGCUGGCACUGACAUGCGGCAGAAAUUCCUGCUUGGGAAUCUCCCUCUGGCCCCUGCCCUGCAUCUGCUGCAGCUGGAGGGUAGUGAGGGGGAAGGGAUUUUUUAGUUUACUUUAUUAAAAAACCCAACAAUAAACAGGCAGAAUAUAGAGAAAAUAUUUAUUGAGUGCAAGAGGAAGGCAACUGAUCAAAGACCUGCUCUGGAUCCAGCUUGGAAAGGCUGAAACAGCACCAGCUCCAACAAGCAGAUGAAAUUAAAGUCAGGCCUGGGUUAGUGCAUGGGGAAGGCCUGAUUCCCUGGAGAGCAGCUGAAGGGCCAUGCUCUGCUCUUGGAGAACUAGAUCAUCUUUGGUUAAAAUGCUUGGGGAAGUCCAUGUUUAGGCUGUUCGCAGUAUUUGACCCUGGACCACAAAGCCCAGGAAAAGGGUCACAGAGUCCUUGUGCAGGAAGAGAGAAAAUCCCAACCCCAGGCAAGAAGGGAGCAGGGAGGAAGGCAGCCUUGCUCAAGAGAAAUAAGUGCUUCUUGAAGGCACAGUAAAACCUCAGGGCUGGUGAAGAAUCCCCUCCUUGAGCCAAGUUCAAAACUGACCUAGCUCCAUCUGCAGUCAUAGAGACUCCUGUGGACAUGAUUCACACACAUCCAUCUUUGGCUGAAAGAUGUACAGCCCUUUCUCCAGUGAAAAAAGAAGCCUGAAGAGGAUAGGGAACUGUUGGUGUGAGCUCUUCUUCAGAGUCCAAAAGAAAAAAGGAAAUAAAAAAAGAAAUAAUAAUAAAAAUAAAAAUAAAAUAAAAAAAAAACCCACAAAAAAAAGGACCAAGGUCCAUUGUGAGAUCAAAGCAGGCUGGUGAUGCUGCCAGGGGCCCAGGCAGCUGCUGCUUUGGUUGGAAGGUAUAACCAAAGUUAGAGCCUAGCUCUAGCUUGCCUAGUUGUUCCCAGGCUUGCUCUUCCUUUGUGUUUACUGAUGGAUCACAGGUCCCUUUAUGGAUGUUGCUGCUGGGCAAAAAGUCUUAAAACACACCCAACAUCCUGUGCCCUGAAAUCUCACACUGUCCACAUCAGCUGUGUAAGGAAUCCCAGCACCAUUCCCACCUCAGCUGCUGGGGCCAUCCCCAUCCCUCACCUCCAGGAAGCUCCCAGCCCUUCUGUGCCCAAGUGUUCCAGCUGGAGGAUGCUCUGCAGUGAGUGGAUCUGGCCCCUUGCAGUCUUCUGGAGUCUCUGGAGCUGAAGGAUACAAGGUCCAAGGCAGAGCCCACCAGCCUCAUCACAGGGUUCAAGAGGCCUUUGGAUCAAGCCCUUAACUCAUUUCUUCAGGUAUUCACGUUUCCCAGCAGCCACAAUGCUAAGUGUAGCCUCCACAUUCAGCAUAGAUCUCCUCCACCUCCAUAUUUUUAUAAAAUAA